AUGGCGGGAGAAGCGACGGAGGUGACCGAGGCGCAGACUGUGCCUGCAGAAGAGCAGCCGGCGCUGCGCUAUUCGUUCCUGGAGAUCAAGGAGGCGCAGCGCGUAUGCGGUGAGAAGAUGAACGCAGCCGCGCUCAAAGAGUGCAGUUCUGCUUCCGCAGCCCAGCAGCAGAUCUUCAAGGCGCAUGUAAACGACCUGUGUGCGACGGUAUUUGCAGCGGCGCUCAGGAAAUACAACCCUGAAGACAAAGAGGAGGUGGCGCCUGUGGACGAGGAGACGGUGGCCAAGCUGAAAGAGCUGGAAACGAAGCUUAAGGAAAAGGAGGCGGCUGUCAAGAAGCUCCGGGAACGAGUGCCGAGGAUGGCAGCGGCCAAUGCCCGUCGAGAAUUGGCGAAAGCUCGCAAACGCCACGCUGAUGUGCUCGUGUCGGAACCGGAUUUGACGGGGGAUAUUGGUGCGGAGCUGACGGAAGAGCAGCUGGAAACACUGAAGGCCGCCUACGUGAAGACGGCGUCUUCGAUUGCUAUUACGAGUGCGAAGCUGUCGCAAGUCAUGGAACAGACCACCGAGACGAUCCACAUUGUGGAGAAGGCGAUGAAGCGGCCAAAGACGGAAGUGGAUAUCGCAAUGGAGAACAGUCCGAUGAAGGCGAAAGCAUUUCUCAACGAGCAGGAAAAGAACAGUCUUCAGCAGCCAUCUCCUCUUCGUACACGGCUGGCAUUGCAGUUAAGCGCCUCCAACAACGUGUAG